GGCAUUGGAGAGGUUUUAAGCUGUUGGCACCAAACGAGCGCAGCACCCCCUCCCCUUCUUCCGGAAAGCGAGACCAGGACGAAGUCACAAAGGGCAUGGUCUAGAAAUUAAACACCCCCCCCCCAAUCAUCAGGGAGAGAAAAUAAUAAUAAUAAUUAUUAUUAUUGCAGGGUCUACCCAGGAGGAUUUUGCAGGCGUAAAAACUCAUGGCUGCAGCAGGAUCAAACGUUGGCGAGGAAGUUUUGCAAAACUCUGCAAGAAGAGAGCGAAAGCGAAGAAGCCGGAGAAGAUCCAGAGAGCAGGAUCCAGAUGUUCGCCUCUCCAAAGCUCUCUCCUAUGCUUUGCGCCACGGGGCCGAAAAUCUGGGCCUCCACAUGUCAUCUGAUGGCUUUGUCGACAUGGGGGAGAUUCUUCGCUUGCCCCAAUUUAAGGCCUGGUCUGAGGAGGACGUGAAACGUGUCGUGGAGACCAAUGAAAAACAGCGAUUUGCUCUGUGCCGACAUCCGUCCAGCGGACGUCUCCAGAUCCGUGCGAAUCAAGGGCACUCGCUACAGGUUCCUGAGCUGGAAUUAACUCCGCUGCAAACCCUACAGGACUUCCCAGAGACUGUGGCUCACGGCACACUUCUGCGCCACUGGCCAGCCAUUCGUCAGCGUGGCCUGUCCCGGAUGGGGAGGACACACAUCCAUUUAGCGCCCGGAUUGCCAGGGGAGGGGGCCGUCCUAAGUGGAAUGAGGAACAGUUCUGAAGUGGCCAUAAUCAUUGAUAUUCCCAAGGCGCUGGCAGAUGGGAUCUCUUUCUCCCGCUCGGCAAACGGCGUCAUCCUGACCCCGGGCAACGCAGACGGGCUGUUGCUUCCCCGCUACUUCAGCAGAGCACUGCAGCUUCAACCUCGACGCAGCCUCCUGCCUCUUGAGUGAUCGUUCCUGACGUGGAUUUCUUCCCUGCCGUCAUUUCAUCCGAGAGACACGCCUUGAUCACACGUGUGCGUUCGAACACGUAACUUAACCAGGAACUUUCACUAUUUCAAUUAGAACAGACAUAAUCUUUCUGGUUUUCUCUUCCCCGUGGAAAAUAUAUCUCUGGUCCCAUUUGGGUAGUCCUCGACUUAGGACCACAAGGGGGCCUCAAAUUCCUGUCACUGAGUUAAGUGAGUUUUGCCCCGUUUUACGACCUUCCUUGCCACGGUUGUUCAGUGAGUCACUGCAGCUGUGAGAAGUCAGUAACACGGCUGUUAAGUGAAUCGGGCGUCCCCCGUGGACUUUGCUGGUUAGAAGGUGAUCCCAUGACCUUGGGACACAGCCACCGUCAUAAAUAGGAACCCGUGGCCAAGGAUCCGAAUUUUCGAUCACGUUGCCCAUAGGGGUGCUGCAAUGGGCGUUAAGUAUGUGAAAAAAACGGGUCGUCAGUCACUUUUUUUCAGUGUGGUAACUUUGAACGGUCGCUAAAUGAACUGUUGUUGUUAAGUGAAAGAGUACCUUCAGUUAAGCUGGCCAAGAUGGGUAGAUCAGUGGUGAAAUCCAAUUUUUUUUAUUACCGGUUCUGUGGGCGUGGCUUGGUGGGUGUGGCAAGGGAAGGAUACUGCAAACUUCCCAUUCCCUCCCCACUCCUGGGGGAAGGAUACUGCAAAAUCCCCAUUUCCCUCCCCACUCCUGGGGAAGGAUACUUCAAAGUCCCCAUUCCCUCCCCACUCCUGGGGGAAGGAUACUGCAAAAUCCCCCAUUCCCUCCCACUCCAGGGGAAGGAUACU